AUGAAAUUAACAAAAAGAUUUCGUGGUGAUCUCGAUGGUAUUAUCAAUAUUCAACAAAAAUUAUUUCCUAUUACUGCAUUUAAUGAUCGAAAAUUAUUUGGUGAUAUUCGUAUUCGUCUUGAACAACGUUUACGUGAUGCCGGUCUAAUACAAACUGAUUAUGCACGACAAGCAAUGGCUGCAUUACAACAAGCACCAAAUCAUCCAAUAUUUGAUGGAAUGGAUAAUUAA